CCGGCCCACCGCUCCUUUUACCUUUCCCCUUUCCGAUCCGCCCCAUCGCAACCCUACCGAUCGAAUUCCUCCGAGCCAUGUCGCCGCCGCCGGCGCAGGAGCCAUGGAUCAUCCUGGCCGCAAUCCCAAAGGUUGUAGGGUACAAGGAGGCGAAGCGCAUCUUCCCGCCGGGCGCCGACAUCUCCGUCGUCCGCAACAGGGUCCCUCGGGCCUCCGUCCUCACCGUGCCGCCCCACAUCUCCCUCCCGCCCUGCCUUGGAGCCUACCCCUACGUCGUCACCGCCGACCGCUCCGGCCUGCUGCUCCUCCUCGGCACGCAUCCUGUCAACACCAACUCCGUUGUUGUCUCCCACCACAUCUGCGACGCGCGCACCGGCGAGGUAGUCACCCUCCCCGAGCUCCCACCAAUGCGCCAGAUGAGCUUCUAUGGUGCCGCCAACGUCGGCCUCAUCAUGAAGGACGACGACGGCUGUAUGGUUGCUGAGCUCCAGCCCCGACGCGACAGCACCGGCAGUGUCAUCCUGCGCAACUACAAGGUGGGUGGGGAGUGCUGCGACUGGCGCGAGAGGGAACUCACCUGCUCGCCCCCGCUCACCCGGGACUGGUACCCCGAGGGCGUCGUCUCCCACGGUGGGAUGCUCUGGUGGGUCGACCUUUCCUACGGCCUCCUCGCCGGCGAUCCCUUCGCCGAGGAGCCGAACCUGCUCCACGUACCGCUACCGCAAGUUCCCGACCAGCUUCGUCCUGACGUUUACGACCGGGGUGGCCGCGGCGCCCACCGCUGCGUGAAGGUGAGCGGAGGAAGGCUGAUGUACGUGCAGAUCCACGGUGACCCUAACGUGCCGGUGGUCAGCACAUGGAUGCUCGCCGAAUCAAUCUUGUCGCCCGGGGAGUGGGACUGGCACCGCCACCGCAGCAGCGUGCCCUUGGCCGAGGUCUGGAUCCACCAGAGUUACGUGGACACCACGCUGCCGUUGAGCAUCCCUACUCUCGCGCUCCUCCACCCCACGGAUCCCGACAGGCUCUACUUCUUCCUCCAAUCGCACAUCUUCGCAGUCGACCUUCGGCUGAGGAAGCUGGUGGCGUUCAAUCAGUUUAGGAUGCCGGAGCCGCCGUGUCAACAUCGUCUGAAGCGCACCUCCCACUUCGUCCACGCAUGGCACUAUGAUCCUUCAAGCAGUCGAUCUGAUUUUGUAUCGACAUGCUUGAGGCAGAACAAGGCGAUUAUACCUAGGAUUAAGAGAAGAUUCUCUGGUAUCAUUCCCGUCACAUGUAGAACUGCUAAAAGGUUGAAGACGAUUUGGGAUUCUAUAACCAGGGAGCAGCAGGAGCGGGAGCGGGAGUGGCAGAAGCAAGUUAUGUGCCAUGAUUUUAAAUGGUGCAGAAUCUCUGAAGAAAGGCAGGAUCAGCCAGCCUCAUGAAGUAUGAAUUAUGAAUCUUCAGGAAGCGUUAUUACCUCUCGGAGAGGCCGCACAUAUAUAUGGCUUAUGUUGGAAACCAUCUCUAACGUAGGAUUACAUGAUGAUGCCGAAUAAUAAGGAAACAAACAAAUCUGUCUCUAACUUCCUCAUUAUCGUAUGGUUACAGAUAUAUGUAUCUAUCUUCUAAGCCCUCUUAAUCAUAACUUAUCUAAGUUAAGAUCGUGACAAAAUUCUCUAAGUUGUUGGACAUAAAUUGGUUUAGUAAACCCAUCUGCCACUUGAUCUCCUGACGAUAUAAACUUGAUCUCCAACUGCU